AUGAAGCCGAUUCAGCUUCCACCUCCAACCGCCACCGGCUCAGCUGCAGGUUCUCCUAACCGUCCUCAGCGCCGCCGCAGAGACCUUACGCUUCCGCUUCCACAGCGAGACACAAACUUAGCCGUUCCGCUUCCGCUUCCUCCUUCUGGUAGCGGUAGCGGUGGAAGCGGAAAUGGAGGAAACGGAAGUGGAGGAGGGAACGGAGGAGGAACGAAUCAGAAUCAGCAACUAGUGAUUCCGUUCUCCGAGCUUGAGAGGCUGAACCGGAUCGGAAGCGGAAGCGGAGGAACGGUUUAUAAAGUAGUUCACAGAAUCAACGGCCGUGCGUACGCGUUGAAGGUGAUUUACGGUCAUCACGAGGAGUCUGUCCGUCGUCAGAUCCAUAGAGAAAUCCAGAUCUUGAGAGAUGUUGAUGAUCCGAACGUGGUGAAGUGUCACGAGAUGUACGAUCACAACGCUGAAAUUCAGGUUCUGUUGGAGUAUAUGGACGGUGGUUCUCUGGAAGGGAAACACAUCCCUCAGGAGAAUCAACUUGCUGACGUGGCGCGUCAGAUCCUCCGUGGACUCGCUUAUCUCCACCGUCGUCAUAUCGUUCAUCGAGACAUCAAACCGUCGAAUCUGUUGAUCAAUUCGCGGAAACAGGUGAAGAUCGCUGACUUCGGUGUUGGCAGGAUUCUGAAUCAAACGAUGGAUCCGUGUAAUUCAUCGGUAGGAACGAUUGCUUACAUGUCGCCGGAGAGGAUAAACACUGAUAUCAACGACGGACAAUACGAUGCUUACGCCGGCGAUAUAUGGAGUUUAGGUGUGAGUAUAUUGGAGUUUUAUAUGGGGAGAUUUCCGUUUGCGGUUGGUAGACAAGGUGAUUGGGCUAGUUUGAUGUGUGCUAUUUGUAUGUCGCAACCACCGGAAGCUCCGACGAGUGCUUCGCCGGAGUUUAGGGAUUUCGUUUCGCGGUGUUUGCAGAGAGAUCCGUCGAGGAGAUGGCCGGCUUCGAGGCUGCUUUCGCAUCCUUUUCUUGCUCGAAACGUUUCUCAUCAGAAUCAGAGUCCUCCAAAUCUUCAUCAACUACUUCCUCCACCAAGGCCACUUUCUUCUUAG